AUGAACUGGUUCCAAUUGAGUUAUUUAAGUGCCGUCUUGGCAGUUUUGUUACCUAAUUUUGUCUUGGCACAUGUUGUUCCCGGAUUGGAUUCUUUAGACAUUCAAGCAUCAAUUGCUAAAAGAGCUGCUAAUUUGAUUGAUCCAGUUUAUAGCGACUUGAGUGCUCCCGAGUUAGAUUUCAUCAACUUGCAUUUGAAAACUUUGACCAAUGCUACUGGUUCAGAAUGUACUCAAUGUAAAAACAGAAUUAAAUACGGGAAGAGCUUGAUUGAGGAGUACCCAGAUAAAUCACAUUUGGUAAGUUUAUUACUUUUCAAACAUUGUUUAAUUCAAAAUGAUGGUAAAGAGAGUAAAUGUGAUAAUAAUGAUUUCUUUGUGACUACUGAUUCUAAGAAUUUCGAAACUUUUAAUCAAGAUUAUGAUUCUGGUGUUGCUUCAGGAGUUGCUGUUAAUUUUUACGAUAAUGAUUUUAUUCAAUUGUUGAAGAAUGUCAAUGUUUCAAGUGAUUUGGAUUUGGAGUAUUAUUGUUUCUUCAAAGGAAAGGGAGCUUGUGAUUUACCUGAAACUAAGGAUGUUGAUGAAUUUUAUGGUAUUCAAAGUUGGUGGCCGGAAAAGCAACCACAUCAUUAUUUUGAACCAGAGUAUACCAACAACACAGAGAGAUUCAAUGUGUUGCAUAUUACUGAUUUCCAUAUUCAAUUGAGAUAUGAAUUGGGUGCUGAAGCAAAUUGUACAUCGACUCCGUGUGCUUUGCCGGAAUCUUACAACAAGGAGUUGCCUGGUGUUGAUUACAAUUUCACUGAUUAUUACAAGACAUUCAAUCCAGAUGUAUCCCUUGCUGACUUGUCAUUCUAUCCUGAUGCUCAUUAUGAUGAAAAUAACACUUAUAUUAAAGGUGAUUACUAUGAUUUCCCAAAGUAUCGAGGAUGGAAUUUCAAAAAUGUUCCUGCUUCCACUUUUGGUUCUUACCUUGCAGACUCUCCAGAAGUGUUGAUGAAUAACUCAUUGGUGGAAGUUGCAAAGGCUCAUAAGGAUAAAAAGUUUGAAUUUGUUGUAUUCACUGGUGACUUAGUUGAUCACGAUGUCAUUCAUUGUUCUCCCGAGGUGACAAAGGAAGCCGAGAUAAAGUCAUUCAACUUGUUCAAGCAUUAUUUGGACGAUAUCCCUGUUUUGCCUUCAUUGGGUAACCAUGAUACUUUCCCUUAUGGUCAAAUUUCACCUUUACAAUACGAUUUCAACAAUUCGUACCAUUGGAAUGAAGAGUUGAUGGCUGAUUUGUGGAUCAAUAACGGUUGGUUUGAAGAAGAGGACCGUAAUGAAAUCAAAAGUCACUAUGCUGGGUUCUCGUAUGUUACCGACCGUGGUUUGAAAGUGAUCGGAUUGAACUCCAAUUGCUAUUACCAAAAGAACUUGUGGUCAUACAUUGAUAUCUCAACUAACCCAGAUUUGUUUGGACAAUGGGAAUUCUUAGUAAAUGAGUUGUUAGAAAGUGAAUCCAAGGGACAAAGAGUUUGGAUUAUGGCUCAUAUCCCCACUGUUGACUACGAUACAUUACCUUUGCAAUCACGUAUCUUUGGUAAGAUUGUUGAGAGAUUUUCUCCAUACACCAUUGCCAAUAUUUUCUAUGGCCAUACUCAUCAAGAUCAAUUCCACAUCCUUUACUCAUCCAAUUCAUCACAAGCUGCUGAAGAUGUUAUUAACAUGUCAUGGGUUGCACAAUCAAUCACUCCAUUGAGUAAUUAUAACCCAUCAUGGAGAUAUUAUGAAGUUGAAAAUGAAAGUUUCAACAUCAUUAAUGCAUACAAUUAUUAUACCCCUUUGAAUGAGACUUUUACCAACGGAGGUGAUGAACCAGAAUGGCAAUUCGAAUACUCGGUUAGAGACUUGUAUGAUCCAGAUCACAAUUGGCCAGAAGAUGCGCCAUUGAAUGGUACAUUCUGGCAUAAUCAAGUCUUGACCAAGUUGAAGGAUGAAUCAAAUGUUGAAUUCAAUCAAUUGUUUGCUGAUAUUCAAUAUAGAUAUGGUCCUGGUGUUCCAACAUGUAAGAGUAAGAAUGGAACUCAAAUUUCCGAUGAUUGUUAUAAUGAAAAUUACUGUGUUAUGGGUAAUUUCUACAGUGACGAUUACCAAAAAUGUUUAAGAGGAGAUGAUUAG